AUGGGGAUGGUAUUGUCAUACUCGGCCCCUAACCGGCCCGUUGCCAUCCCUAGUUCUGUUCGCCCGAGACGCCUCGCAUCCAAACCGGUACUCGACUCCCGCUUCUUUGAAGUAGGGUUCCUUGUUGAGAACCAGGCCUUGGAUCGACACCAGAACCUGAAGGAUCGUCGACUGAGAUGGGUCCCACUUCUCCUUCCCUUUUCCCGGUCAGGUGUUGAGCAGGCUGAGGCAGACAUACCCGCUCGCGUAAAGGUUCGGGUUGGGCCUCAGCCCGAACGAGUGGUAGUGGACCUCGGUGGGGUGUGUCAGGUAAUCGAAGGGGAAGGCGAUGUCGAAGAAGAAGAGCGCGUCGAGGUAGGGCGUGCCGGAGGCUCCGACGACGUAGAUGGAGUCCGGGAGGUGCUUCUCCAGAAUCUUCCACUCCUACAUGAUCUUCUUCUAGACCCGGCCGCCGCCGCUACAGCCGUUUUUGUUGUUGACGUAGUGGUGGUCUGA